GUAAAAUCUAUCAUCUCUAUCUCUUUUCCAGUUGUAAACCAAAGCAAAAGACAGAGAAGGCGACGAUGAGUACGAUGAAGCCAAGCCGGAGCGACGAGAUAGCCGACCCGGAUCAACAGAUCAAGAACACGAACCAGAUCAGAGCUGGUUUCGAUUCCUUGGCCCCUAAACGACCCACUAAGCCCACCCGGAGCGAGCCAGGCCCUUUCGGAUGUUUCUCUACUCCCGAGCCAACCACUGACCAUCCAGAGGCUGACAAGUUCCAAACUCUCCAGUCCCAAACUCAUGGUAAUAUUCUGCAUGAAGGAGUUUCAGCUGCUGUUCAAGAUGAGUUCCUGGAGACAGAGUAUUACACGAGUCUCACCGCCAUUGAUAAGCAACAUCACACGACCGGAAGUGGGUUUAUAAAUGUGGGGAAGGAAGACGGUGGUGAAGAAGCUGUGAUAGCCGCCGCUGCAGUCGGAGACGGAGGUGAAAAGGCUGUUUACAGAAGCAACCCGGCGACGAACGAGUGGAUUCCUGCGGUGGAGGAGGAUCUUGGUUCAGAAUCUUCGUCUAAACCGAACCGGAGCGAGAAUUCUUGAAUGGGAUCGGAUCUUUGAAUGUGUGUGUACUUUAUCUUCUUCCAGAUGUGAUGUUUCUUGAUGUUAUUGUAAUAAGAUAUUAUCGAAAUAAAUUAGUUAAAUAAGUUUUUAUUAUUAAA